AUGCAGGAUGCACUGCAAACGUUUGUGCCACGGUAUCCUAGUAUUGGUCGCUUCUCGACCUACGGCCUACGACUACGAACUUAUGCCACGUCGUACGGCAGCGGUCUAGGCAUACGUGCUACAUCUGCGGCCUACGGCUGCGGCCUACAGCUGCGGCCUACGGCUGCUGCCUACGGCUCUACGGCAUGCACAGAUACAGUGAUGAAAAAAUCCGUUCCUUUAAAACCAACCCAGACUGAGUUAAACAGCCUCUGCAGUUCACACAGAGCAAGAAAUAGAGAAUCGCAUUGGAAACUGUUUGAGAGAAACCCCCGGGAA